AUGGCUGCUACCUCUCCGCUGCUCGAUGCGGAGCCUGCGUGGCUUCAAGGGCUGCAGCAGGAGUUGCACACCAUCGUGCAGACGCAGAAGCAGAUGGCUCAGCAGAUGCAGGACUCUGGGAGGGAUCUUAGUAGAAUCCAGGAGGGGAUUAGGAGCCUCAGUGUCGGACAGGAAACGCUCACGAAAAGAGCUGAUGAACAGGAGGCGGCACUUGCACAAAUGCGCAAAGAGUUUAAGGAACUCGAACGAGACUUACAAGAACUGAAGAGUGCCCCGCCCACUAGGAAUGCGAGCCCCGUCACGACUCCUCGUGGGGCCCCUGCACGCUCUAAUAGCCCUCGGUUUGACAGUGAUGGUCAACGUGAGGUCGACGAACUACAAUUGGUAGUCGGUGGAUGGGUGGAAGCGAAGAGGGAACAUGUUGAGUCGGAUGUGCGAGCCAUGUUUGAGCAGCUUAAUGCACUGCCGCUUCUUAAAGCAGUCUUCGUGCCGUAUGUUAGGAGCAGCUUUUGCCGUGUGGAGUUAUUCUAUACGGAUGACAACAUUUGGGCGCAGCGUAAGCUACAAACUAUGGUUCUGCAACACUUGAAGGCGAUGACCUUUGUGUCGAGAGUACCUGGACAAGAGCGAUCCACCUUCUGGUUCUCCCGCAAUAGAACCCCCAGAGAGAGAGCAAAGAUCAGAGCGAUUCUCCAGGUGCAGAGCCUCUGUCAGAAAUACCUCGGGGACCACGCGGUAGAUAGGGAUUGGCGCGGAAAGGUCUGGGCGAAUGGCACCCAGGUCCUGUUCCACGUCGAAAAGGAUCGACGCCCAGAGCAAACGCUCAUGCUUGUCGACGCGAGGGGAAAUGAGACCGGAUGGUUUCUCAAUGUCAAAAUGUUGGAGGCGAGGCUCGGAGAAGUGGGGGAUGUUCGUGAUGUGGAAUUAGGAAAGCAUGCAGAGAAGCUUUUUCAGAUUGCUGGAAAGGACUUUGUUGGAUACGUUGCGAAUCCAAUGCUCUGCCACAGGAUGCAUGCUGCAAAGGGAGUGGUUUCUUUCUUCUUUGUGCAGGAUGCUCUUAUGUUGCAUCGGAGGGCCGGGGAGGUGCUUAUCGGGCAUGAUUUGAACCAAGACGCUCAUGCUCAUGUCGACUCUUUCGACGGCAUGCUUCAUUACAGGUUGACUGGGGCAGAGCUGAGUUUCUGGAAGAGACCAGAUCUCAGGGUGGCGCUUCCGCCUAGGCAGACCUUGUGUGGUAAAUGGAACCUAGACCUCGACGAAUUCUUUGCGCAGCUGCAGGAUCAGGAUCCUCCUGAGGUGAAGGAACUGAUAGACCGACGAAAGAGGAUGUGUGAUGUGGACUCGAAAGCUGCGUUGAUGCAAGAAAUCCAUCUGUUGCGGCGGCAGGCUAGGCGGAGUGCUGCUGGGUCCUUCACUGACGGUUCGUACAUACAGCGAGCGGGAGGAUUGGCUCAAGCAGCUAAGGACCUCCAUCACUUCUAUUUGCAGAAGUACUCUAGCACUGAGGCAGCUCUGUCAGGGCAAGAAAUGCAGCAGCUGUUUGACGUGCAUGCACAACAACCUGUCCUACCCGUGACAAAGCAAGAAGUCAGCGAAGCUCUGGCUAGGUGCAAGAAUGGGGUAAGUGCUGGACUCGAUGGGGUGACCUUUGAAGGCUUGAGGGUUCUCGUGACUAGGGACGAGAGGAAUCGGAUUCCUGAGUACUUCACCAGGUUGCUCGCCCUAGUGGCCCAGGUCCUUGAUGGAAUUACUGCAGCCCAAUCGGUAAUGACCCUGGUUCGCAAGACAACGGGAUCCCCCUGCAAGGCGAUUCAACUUGCCAAACUUUGCUUUGGCACGUCGGUUGUGGUGGAGGAGAUGGAGGCACUCUUUCCUGUCUGGUCAGAGUUCAUUCAAGGUGACAAUGCUGAUUCGAGCGCUCCAGCGGAUAGGCUGUUUGGAAAAGGGGAGGCCAAGGUCGUCGCUGAUCGUGUCACACUCCAGGACCUACGACAGCUGGCAAGCUCGAUGAUGGAGCUUCGCAGCUCUUUCACGUUCGGCGCUUAUGUUCGAGUGAAGACUGGCGUGCACUCGGAGACGAAGGACUUCCCGCAGCUGGUCAGUGUGUUCACCAGAUACAUCAGGCAACAGUUUCCAGAUGCUCCUUUUCUUACCUUCCGCUUGCAGAUGAAUGAGGGGACCUCCCCUCACAAGGAUGCACAGAAUACGUACCUGCCCUCGCUCAUUUGCAAUCUGUCGCCGGGAGCUCCGGGAGGGACAUGGGUGGAGGACAGUCGUGGCACUCACCUUAAAAGCUGCUCAGAUGGCGAAGUGAGGCGCGGCUGUGUGAUCCAAGGCGAGAGCUACCGCAUCAGUGCUCGUAAGUACUGGCACGCGGCUGUCCUUGAUGAUGAUGCAAGAAUCGUACUGAUCGGCUGGGUUCCAGCUGGUUGGAAACAUCUUGCACCUGCAGACGUGAAUUGGUUGAAAGGGGUCGGGUUUGUCCUUCCGACUGAGACAGCUGAAGACCGUGCGGAGCUUUCUGACUGGAGGGGAGUGGGACUCGUGCAGUCGGGCAUUUGUGAGACGCUGCUCAAGCGCUCGGUUUGGAAGGCAGGCAUGCUACGCCAGUCACCUCCUGUGUGCAUCUGUCUGUCGUCGGAUGAGGCAACGCGAGCUUUCUUGGAGACUCCGGGAAGCAGGGCACAGAUGGUGGAUGUGCUCUCCGGGUGGUGGUCUUCCCUUCCUGAGGAGUGGCUUGCACUUGUGUUGAUGGGGGGGCUACUGUGGCUGGUGCUCCUCGUGCAGGCCCAUCAUGCCCGCACACUUCUGACACGCACCAUGACGGCAGUGCUGGGUGUGGAUUCGCGGUUGCAGCAACUGGAGGCGGAGGUCCUUGUUUGGAGGACGAGUGCCAUGGUUGCGCAAGGGACGAGUGCCACACCACCAGACGCCGAUGGAGGAGAUACCACGAUGCAUGCUGAAUUUGAUCUGCAUGCUCAAUUUGUUCUUGCAUGUCAAGACGUGAGGGGGAUGACGAUGACGACUCAGCAUGCAUGUGACUGGAUGGGGUCGGCCACCAAGCUCAUCUCGGCUCAACAUGAUGAGCUGGGAGACCUCACAAGGGCCCAUAUUGAGCUCAGCAAGGCGGUCAACAAGAUGCUGGACGAUGCGGCAACAACUCGUACAGCUGGCAGUUCGCCUGCGGACUCUAUCCCGGCUUCAUGGGUGCAAGAGCUGAAGGAUGCUUUGGCGCCUUCGGUCAAGGCCAUGAAGGACUUGAAAAGUCUGGUAGAGUCGGGGCUUAAUGGAGUCAACCAGCAGCUGGCGGAUCAAGAUCUCACGCCUUUCAAGGACACCCUCAAGGACUUCUUCAUUCGUUUUGAGGACGGCUGUGAAAAGCUCACUAAAGGGCUUGAGCUGCUGAAGCAGGGGGCUCCCAACACAGCAGGUGGGGCUAAUCAGCAAGUUCUUGAUGCUCUGGGGGCAAUGAAGACUGUGUUGCAGAAUUUGGGUGCGCCCUCGAAAGAAGUUCUGGAUGCAGUCGCGACGGUGAAAGGUGCGGUCGAUCGCUGCACACAACAGGGCGAGAAAGUGGAGCAGGUCGCACGAGCUAAGACGACGAGCAUAUACGAAGAGGUCGGCCUGCUCAAGGGGCAAAAUAGCCAGCUUCACAAAGAUGGGUACGCCUUGAUGAAGAGCUUGGAAAAGAAGAUGGAGCAUCAAUCAGCUAUUCUGGACGGCUUCGCUGGGUCACUUGCUCAGUUGACGGCGGCCUUUGGUCGGCCGCCUGUGGACUCGUCCGGAGUCACCAGACUGCUGGACACGUCGCUCUCGCAAGGGGAAAUGCUGAAAGAACUGGAGGGCCAUGUGGGUCAGAUGCGAGAAAUGCACAUGAUGAACUUCUGCAGCUGA